CUUCUUCCCAGCUACUGGAUCCAACCCUGACUAUCCACAUCUGGCACAUCACAUGAUAAACCGAGUCCGAUCAGCCAGCCAAUAUGUCACGCUCUCUUACGGUUCAAAAAAUUGACGGCAAACCGGGGCAGGUUUACUACCCGCUGCAGUUGCAUGAUACACCGAAACCGGUCCUUGGCCCCGGGGAGCUGCUAGUGAAGAUCCACGCAGCGGCGUUAAACCACCGGGACUUGUUUGUCCGACAGCACCUAUACCCCGGCAUCUCAUUCACCAGUCCUCUUCUCAGCGAUGGCUGCGGCACGGUCGUUGAGACGGGCCCAGAAUGCAGCGCGCAGCUGCUCCACCAGCGAGUCAUCGUGUGUCCCGUCCGGGGGUGGGACGCUGACGUCGACGCGCCCGAAGACGCCAACCGCUACGCUGUGAUCGGGGCGUCAAACCGGUACCCCGACGGCACGGCCCAGGACUAUCUGGUAGUGCGCGAGCCAGACGUAGUGCGCUGUCCCGAGCACCUCUCGACGCUCGAAGCGGCUGCUCUUCCCCUCGUGGGCCUGACCGGCUGGCGUGCGCUGGUCACUAAGAGUCGCAACGCGCACCCGGGGCGCAACAUCCUCGUUACGGGGAUAGGGGGCGGCGUCGCCCUACAGGUCCUGCAGCUCGGUGUCGCGAGGGGCUGCCGCGUCUACGUCACAUCGAGCGAUCCCGAGAAGAUCGAGCGGGCUGUGCGCAUGGGCGCCCAGGGCGGCGUCAACUACCGCACGGAGGCCUGGGAGAAGCAGCUGCAGGCGCUGCUUCCGGCGGAUCGACCUUAUCUUGACGCGGUGAUUGACGGGGCCGGGGGCGAUAUCGUGGCGCGGACGACGCGGCUUCUCAAGGCUGGUGGUGUCAUCUGCGUUUAUGGGAUGACUGUCGCGCCCCGGAUGGAGUGGGCUAUGCCGGCGGUACUGAAACAUAUUGAUAUGUUGGCGUGCACGACGGGGUCGCGGGCGGAAUUCCGCGCCUUGGUGGAGUUUGUGCAGGAGCAUCAGAUCCGGCCUGUUGUUAGUCGGGUUGUUCGGGGACUGGAUAAUUUGGAGGGGAUUGAUGGCUUGUUUGAAGAUAUGAAGGUGGGACGUCAGUUCGGAAAGCUUGUCAUUGAUGUGGAUUCGACGGAGUCUUGAGACAGGGCUGCCAUGUGACUGUCGAGAUGCUCAUCGAUGGGCAGCAGGGGUUUGGUCGCAGUGUACGGGGUAUAGAAUAGAGUUGCGAUGACUCCAUUGCAUUGGAUUAGUCGCUUUGUCGACACGGGGCAUGCUACAAAUUACUUAUGGGAAUACCCUCAAUAUCUAUACCGGAAUUGGGAAGCAGGUUAAAGCAUCGACAGUGGAAUCAGGGCGACAACUUAUAGCUCAAAUCUUAGUCGUGGAUCUGUUACAUUCCG